CAACACCAGCGAAGACUCAAUGUUGGCAUGCAGCACCUGCCUUCUAUUCUUCAUCUCCUCAACUAUCGAUUCAAGCAUCGCGUUUUAGCCCUUUCUACUAUUGUUCUAGCUUAAACAUAGCCACCAUGGCUUCGCCUUUCGCCGCCACCACUCCUUCUGCGCUCAGCGACUCAGUCAGCGAUAUCACCUUAUUCAUAGAGAUGCCGGCAGACUCACGAGCUCGUCUGGACAGUUACCGGCCCCGGGUCUCAAACGACGAUACCGCUGACCUUCUUCGGCAGACAUUCAAGUACCUGCCUCCCGACGGUAGGGCCAAUCUCGUGGAGGAUAUACUCCAAUGCACGUUGGACAGCCAGCUUCACCAGCUUGGCCAGAAUAUUGUGACCGGUCUUCUCAACCCCUUGAAAGUAGCUGGGGGUAAAACGGCUACCAUAACUCCCUCCCCCAGGCUCGGGGUCGAGGAUUCGAUCGAGAACCUCGAGGCAAUGAUCGAUGACCCGAUGAAGCGAGCCCAGAAGGAGCUUCGCAAGAAAUGCCUUCGUCGUGAUGGGCAGAUGUGUGUGGUGAGCAGCCUCUAUAAUACUGAGGAGGAGGAGAUGGCCCCUGCCGGCAAGAUGGCAGCCGACUUGGAGGCAGCGCACGUCAUACCUUUUGACCUCGCCAAUUUCAAGGAUGACGCUGAGCGGCACUUCAUCGCCUCAGUCUGGACCACGAUGUACCGGUACUUUCCAAGUGUGCGAUCCAGGCUGAAUUUUCACUAUGAGGACAUCAACAACACGGCCAAUGUGAUGAUGCUAGAGAGGGGAAUUCAUCACAACUUCGGCAAGUUCCGGCUUGCUCUAGAGCCAACUGGUCACCCCAACCAGUACAAAAUUCUCACCUUUCCACACCUUGCCUAUCCUGCCCGCAUGCUUCUACCCCCCAGUGGACUCGUCACGCUGGUCGCCCACGACGGGCGCGACGAACUCCCGUCGCCAAUCCUGCUGGGUCUCCACGCCGCAAUCGCCAAAAUACUGCAUGCAACCGGCCGGGGCGAGACUAUUGAGCGUCUCCUACAGGACUAUGACGACAUCGCCGUCCUCGCCCGCAAUGGAAGCACCAAUCUGAACGACUUGCUGUCUGUCAGCAAGCUUCCAGCCAUCGUGCAGCGCCCGUUUAACGUCCCCCAGCCAGGUACUCUAUCCAAGACCGACGAGGGGCAAAAGGUCCGGCAGCAAUCCCCCGCCCAGGUGGAGUGGCAGAAGCGCAACCGUCUCGCCGGUAAAGAGAACUAGGGGAGGCAUUCAUGUAACAAGUACACCUGAAUAUAUCGCGGGCUCUCGGUGGUUGGUCUAGCAGCAUGACCUGAAUGAUUUAUGAAUGAUCAGUGAUUUAAUGAAUUAUGAAUAAUACAAUAAGUUAUGAAUGAU